AUGCUCAACUACAUUGAUUUGUUCCACAAUAUUUUUCAGUUCAGUACAGACAAAAGGCCUGAAAGCAGAAAAUGGAAGGAGGCCCUGGAGCGGAUUGAUGCCUGUCCACUGCAAAGGGGGAAUAAGGUGGACCUGUUUCGCAGGCAUAUAGUGUGCACUUGUGGGUUCCAUAAGUCAACAGAUAAGGAAGGGCCUAAUGUAGUGGCAGGCGGCAGCUCAGAGGAGGCAGGGACAUCACAGGGAGAACAGGGGGUGAAGUGUUCUCUGUGUAGUGUGGUUGUGGAGACAGAGAAGUUCUCCGAGCACCUCUCUGACCACCACGCUGAAGAGAGGUGUGACACCUGUGGGGCCAGGGGCCAGGGUGCUGUUGGACUCCUCCAACACAGUCCAACCAUUAUGGGGCCCUGUUGGCUCCACGUGUCAGCCCUUCAAAAAAUCUCACACCAUCUCCAUGCCCCUCACCAUCUCCACGGCUGGUGCCACCUCCACAGCAGUUGCUGUCUCCACUGCCUGCACCACGCCACUCUCCAGCUCUCACCACCGCGGCCCACUCCAUCCCCACGGUACUUCCGACAGAGGAUGUUCUUGUGGGCACCAAUGUGGAUGUGGGGCAUUCCUCUUAAAUGUUCACAGUGUGGCCGUAAGAUGCACCAUUCAGGGAUCUACCCAAAGGUCAGGGAGGUGAUCAACACUACCUACUAUGCUACUACCUGGUGGGUGGAGACUAUCCAUGCUGCAGUGUAUGCAGAUUGCCAGUAUGCCCAUGGAGCCAGGACAUCUUUUUACAACUGGAUGUAGCACACAGGACACUGUUUCCAGCAGUGCAGACCACUCAGCUAGCCCUGGACAGGAAAUGUGUGACCUUUCUCAGGCCAAGGAUCAGCGGCAACAGUCCCUCCAGUCAGAAGUAGAGGAAGUUCACAGUGAGGAGUGGGCACGAUGGACCAUCCAGUACCUCUCUGAUUGUGAGCAUCAUUUGAGAAAGGUUGCCCUGGUACAAUCUGCAACGGCACCUCACUUUUCUGCACCUGCACCCUUCAGGCCACUUCCUUUCGCCCAGUGGUUUGAGACUGUUCACUCCAAUGAUAUUCUCAGCCAUCUGGACAGAUGAAGGGGUGAUAACCUCCACCUAUGGCCGAAUCCUUAAGAUGGAUUCUACUAAGAAGAUCACCAAAAAGCUGGCUGGUGGCACUGGGGACACGGCUGCAUGGAUGACCAACAUUGGCAAUGAGCACGGCCAGGUUCUGAACAGUGUUCUGACAACAGCUGAAGGUGCAGGACUGGAGGAGCUGUGCCAGGGAAUCGUCAGACGCUACCAGAAUGCUGGCGAGCCAGAGGUCAUCUAUGUUGACUGGGAUUGCUGCAGUCAGUCAGGUGGGAUUUUCAGAUUACUACUUUAUCAAAUGUGACCCUGGACCACAAAACCAAGUCUUAAUGGUCUUUUUUUUUUUAAAUUAAGAUGUAGACAUCAUCUGAAAGGCAAGCGUAUUCUAAGUAAAUAAUCUUUCCAUUGAUGUAUGGUUUGUUAGGAUAGGACAAUAUUUGGCUGAGAUACAACUAU